CUCCGAAAGGUGGUCAUUAAGCACUGUAAUCUCUCUCAUUGCUUAUUUCUUGUCUAAAACUCAAAUCGUCAACUCCUCAAGUUUCAAAAGUUUACACUUGUGUCUUUUUUGAAACAUCUUGAAAAUUUCUUGAAAGUUUUAAAGUUUUCUUUAAACUCUUCCUUGCAAUUCACAACAUUUGCUUGCAAUUCUCAAAAGUUGUUUUCAAUUUGAAAUUUCUUUCGAAAAAAAAGUGUCAGUGAUUGGAAAUAUGUAUUCGAAAAUGGCAGCAAAAUCAAAAUCAUCAUCAUCAUCAGCAGCAGCAGCAGGAGCAGCAGCAAGAGCUGAAGCAGGAGCAGAAGCAGUGCCAUCAACAUCAUCCUCAACCGGGAGAAUGCCGUACACCAGCAAUUUGGGCAGCUCUGAGUUCUGUCUUCCCUGGAGUCAGGAGGCUUAUAAUUUUGGAAGCUUCACGACAACGCCUGCAUUUCAACCGGACAAUAAUUCAAUUUUCGAUCAAGGAUUGAACUUCUUUUGCCCUGAUUUGAUGACAUCUGAUAAUUCGAGGACUGAUGCUGAGAUCAUUCGUGUGGAGAAAAACUUUUUGGAGCAAGCCGAAAUACUCGAGAAGGCGAUUGAAAGAAUUCCAACGAUAAUUCAAAAAGAAGCAGUGAUGCAGCUCAACGACAUGGCAGAAGCAACCAACGAGGAGUCGGAUGAGGCACGAGCAUCAACACCAGUCACGCGUGAAAUUAUUGAUACCAACAAUAAUUCUUUGAAGGAUGAAAAAUUAUUUGUAAAUAUAGAGCAGGAAUUAUAUAAAAUUAAAGCUGAAUUAGAUUUAGACAACUCGGCGAAUCCUUCAAAAGAAACUGCAACGACUUCAAAACAAACUGGAACGACUUCAAAGCAAAAUUCAACGACUAAUGUUAGGGCUGAGCCGAAAAUUAAGAAACCAGUACUUAGAAAUAAAAGUAAUAUUCCACCUGUUCUGCACUUUAAUGGCUAUCAAAAUUAUUUUGAAUGGCAAAUGAUGAUGUUAAAUAAUUCGUUAAUGAAUCAUCAUUUGGGUCAAUUUAACAAUAAUUAUCUUCCAUUCACUAGAGCCAAUGUCAUUGACGUUCAUCAUUAUCAUUAUCCAGAACAUUUAUUUGAACAAAUUUUCCCAAAAAAUCCAGAAACACACAUUGGUUAUAGUCCUGAGUAUAUUGCUCAACAAGCUUGUUCAAUGGGUAUGCCAAUUUGUGAUGAAAAUAUUUUUUCACCUGAAAGUCUCCAAGCUAAUUUAAUGAUGGGACCUAAUGGUCAACCACAAUUCCCCACAAUGCUUCAUCAUUUUAAAGUGCCAGAGCAUUUGCAGGAGGUAUUGAAAACCAAAACUUUGAUUCUAAAACAAGUUUGUUCUUGUUGAAUGUGAAUUCAUAAAAAAAAGAGAUAAAAGAGAGGAGAAAAAAUUUGUAAACAAAGGGAUAAUUUAAUAUUUAUUUAAUUUAUUAAUUGAUUGAUCAUUUUCUCAGUCUCGAAAAAUAGCUUUUUUUAUGCAGUUGAUAUUUGUGUAAAUGGGCUUGCAAUAUAUUUAAUCCAUUAGAUAUAUAAGUACAGAUUAGAAAGGAUAUUUUAUCUACGAAUUGUAUGUUAAC